AUGUGCCCUUACGUCCGUGAAAUGCAAAGGCUGCCCUCACUCGAUGUUUUGGAUGCACCAGCACCUUUCUCAUCUGCUUCGACAAAUGGGAGACCUUUGCCGCCAGGUCUUGUCCCGUUUUCCAGUCGCCAUGCAUGGAGAAACUCGUUGUCCGUGAUCACGGGCUCAUCAAAUGGCGCUGAUAUCACAAUCGAUGUUCUUGAUGCCGAGCCGCCACGAGCAGGUGAUGGCUGGAAGAGCUUAGCCCGUGGCUUCCUUGGUAUCAGUGCAGGAUCAGACCCAAGUGAACAGAGAACCAUGUUUGGAACCCCCCAAGUCAUCCAUCAAGGGAAUCCCUUGGUCUCAGAGCGAGGGUCUUUGCACUCUAUGCAUUUGCACCUAAGCCCCUAUUCCGCACGUUCAUCUUCAGGCUCAGCGCUUGCAUCCUCCGCCCGUGUUUUCAAUCUCUCAGGGUCCAAUUCCUCUCGUCCUUCUGCAAAUUCCGCCCACUCAUGCAUAGCGACCGUGUCCUCUGCAUUGCUGAACUCUAGUCGACAGUUUGAUCCUAUCCCGCCAUCUGUGAGCGCGUUUGGACACGCAGAUCCCUCGCGGUACAUGCCACACACCACUGAGGAAUAA